AUGGACAGAGACGGCGAAGGACUUGCGGAGUCUAUGUUCUCCCCCGGCGGCUCAGGCCCGGCGCAGACGGAAGCCCAGAAGGAGGCAGAGAAGAGACAGCAGAUUCUAGACGAGUACAACAUGAAAGCCUUGAGCCAGGUUGUGAACGAGAACGAGCUCAGGCCGGUGAACAUUCUGCGGCUCAAUGUGCUUGGCGGAGAGGGGAAGUUCAGGGACUCGUUUCUCAAGAGACAGCUCGAGCCGAUCUGCUCGCAGCUCGACGACGGCGGCCAAACGCUGACGGUGUCGAAGCUCUUGAAGCGGAUCGACCUGGUGAACAUGAACCUGGUGAAGACGGACGCCAUCUCAAACAUGGGCUGCCAGCUUGCCGUGCCGGAGCGCCAGCCGUACAACGUGUUCAACCCGGACUUGUUGAACCUCGUGGUGAACAUGCAGAUUGUUCCCGUGAAGAAGUUCUUCAUGAAGAUUGGCACGAACGUGGGCAACGGAGAGGGGGACGGGUACGUCAAGCUCCAAUGGAAGAACAUCUUCGGCGGCGGAGAGUCGCUGGAUCUCGACACGAACAUCUCCUCGGAUGAGUUCCGUUUAAAGUCGAGCCGGUCCGAGUACUUGAUAAACUACUCGUGCCCUCUCUUCAACCUCCCUGACUACAAGUUCAGCUCGGUAUUCUACCACUCGUCGAGAUCCAUCGACUACACGUCAUUCCACAAUCAGGCGAUCGAGGGCCUGACGCUGAAGUUGAGCACGAACCGCCUCCCUAUGGAGAACAAGCUGAACCACGAGCUCUCCUUCGAGAACUUGGUCAGGUCCGUCGACUUGAGAAGCUCGCCCAACGCGUCGUACAGAAACAACUCGUUGAUCACCGACUACUUUCUCUUCAACUCGGGGCACAGCUUCAAGUCGUCGAUCACAUACUCGAUUGUCAGAGACUGUCGCAGCUCGAGGUACAUUUUUGACAGCGGAUACUACAUGAGGAUGUCGAACGAGCUGUCGUUGUUUUCGCAGAACAAAUUUGUGAAAACGUGUUUCGACUACUCCAAGGCCCACCGGCUCAGCAAAGACAUGGUUUUCAACCUGAACCUCAAGACAGGGCUCAUCCACCCACUCGCCAACGACCUUGUCCAUCCGAUGGAUAAGUUCCAAUUGGGUGGCGCAAACGACGUCAAGGGGUGGCAGGUUUCUGGCAUGGGGCCGAAGCAGAUGAAUAUGAGUGUUGGCGGAAACUACUUCCAUGCUCUCGGACUGAACCUCUUCACGAGCGUUCCGUACUUCACGGACUCGAACUUCAAGCUCCACUUCUUUUCGAACGUGGGCAAGUUGACCAACCUGGCCAAUGCGGGCAACAUCCUGAGAAACAACGGCGUCAGCGCCGGCUUCGGCUUGUCGUACAGCCAUCCAAUGGCGGCAUUCGAGCUCAACUGGGUUGUGCCUAUCUCUGCCAAUGCCAACGACGGUCUGCGGAAGGGCCUGCAGUGGGGGAUCGGAGUGUCGUUUCUCUAG